AUGAGGGGAAGACGGAUCGGCUCAGCCGGCGCUGGACAGACGGACGGCUCAGCCGGCGCUGGACUGGAGGGAGACUCAGGCGACGCUGGACUGGAGGAAGACUCAGGCGACGUUGGACAGGAGGAAGACUCAGGCGACGCUGGACAGGAGGAAGACUCAGGCGACGCUGGACUGGAGGAAGACUCAGGCGACACUGGACUGGAGGAAGACUCAGGCGACGCUGGACUGGAGGAUGACUCAGGCGACGCUGGACUGGAGGAUGACUCUGGCAGCGCUGAGCAGCCAGCAUCGGUGGCGGCUCUGGUGCGGGACCAUGCCCCCGCCCAGACCACGGGUUCAGCCAUGGAGCCGGGUAACGGAGACUGCUCUCCCAGGAAGACAGAGAACUCUAGAAUGUUGGUGGACCUGUCGGCAAACACACCCAAUGGACAGCAGCUCCAGCAUCCUAAUUCACCCACUGAAAACACAAUCAAACAGGAAGAUGAGACAGAAGAUGAAGGGGACAGGAGGACCACAGCAGAGGACAUGGGCCAAAGCGGGGAAGAGGGAUCGGGUUUGGAGGAGCCCAUGAUUGACAGCCCAAACAACCUACAGGAUGGGGUCCCCGGGUCAGAAGGGUCAUGUGACCCAGGAACUCGGCUGCCCAAUGGUGAUAGGCCGUUCCAGUGUAACCAGUGUGGUGUGUCGUUCACUCAGAAGGGCAAUCUGUUGAGACACAUUAAGCUGCACACGGGGGAGAAGCCCUUCAAAUGCCCCUUCUGCAGCUACGCCUGCCGCCGUCGUGACGCACUCACAGGCCACCUACGCACACACUCAGUGGGCAAACCACACAAGUGCAACUACUGUGGGCGGAGCUACAAACAGAGGAUUUCAUUGGAGGAGCAUAAAGAGCGUUGCCAUAACUACCUCCAGAGUGUUGCCAUGGAUCCCACCUCCAUCACCGGGCCUUAUCCAGGUGAGGUCCCUAAAGAGCAGAGGCCCCUGGCCGAGGCUGUUGCCAGGGCAACCUUCGACCGCCCACCAGUCAUCGAGAGACUGCAGAGUAACAUGGGGAAGAGGAAGAGCACCACCCCACAAAAGUUUGUGGGUGAGAAGAUGAUGCGUUACAGUUUCCCAGAGCUGAGCUAUGACAUGAGUCUGAAGUAUGAGAAGGAGGCGGAGCUGAUGCAGGCUCACAUGAUGGACCAGGCUAUCAACAACGCCAUCUCUUACCUGGGCUCUGAUUCCCUGAGACCCCUGGUCCACCACCCCCAUCCGCACGGUCCACACGGUCCACACCCAUCCCUCUCAAUGGCUGAGGUGGUAAACAUGGGCAACCCCCUCUACCACCACGUCUACCCCCUGGAACCAGGGCCAGGGCACCGUAUGGACCGACCAAGCAGCCGGGACGCCCCACCUCAUCCUUCACCUCUGCACCCUCCUCUUCCUGACUUUACUCCCUCCUCCAACGGGCCCAUCGCCCUCACCAGACCCAAGCAGCACCAGCUCCAGGGUACCAGAGAGGAGAGAGAGUGUCCUAGCAACAGUGGGCUGGACUCGGCCGAAUCUGCCCGGAGCAGCCCUCAGGAGAGGCUAGGUUACCACAGGAACCACAGAAACAACCCCCACCCCCGACCCAGGUCCAGACCCAGCCCAGCCAAUGGCGGGAGAGAGGAGGGGCGAGGUGGGGCUGAGGUGGGUGCGGUGGGGUUUACAGCGGAGGUGGCCCGGGGAGAGGCGGCAGAGACGAGUCGGGACGGGGUGCGUGUGUUUGGGCGAGAGGGCCGGGAGGUGAGGGUGUUCCAGUGUGAGCACUGCUGUGUUCUCUUCCUGGACCACGUUAUGUACACCAUCCACAUGGGCUGUCAUGGUUACAGGGACCCGCUGGAGUGCAACAUCUGUGGCCACCGCAGUAAGGACUGCUACGAGUUCUCAUCUCACAUCGUCCGCGGGGAACACACCUUCCAGUAGAGGGCUGGACAAGACAGGAGACGUCCCUCCCCAUCCUCACCCCAGGACUGUGAUGUUGAACUAACUGUGUGUGGUCAAUGCAACCAACCAAGGCAGAGAAAACUAACUAACAUUUGCUGCAGCAUAAUGAAACUGACUAUAUAAUUCCAAACAAAUAUAUGAAGGCCUGGGCCAAAUACACAUUUUCAUUUUUUAAGGUGUUUUGAAGAUUUUAAAGUUGAGAUAUGGAUCUGAAAUGAGGGAUUUCUUCGUGUGGGAAAAAGAGGACAAAGAAUAAGUAUACCUAUUCAGUUUUGUUGUGGUCUGUCUCUGAGAUUGUCAAAGAGCAACUAAUACUGUGAGUAGUUAUAUUAUAGUUUAAAAGUCGUUUCACUGUCCUUGUCUUGCAUACUGUAUUGUUGCACUUGUUUGCUGCAACACAGACUGCCAUGUAAGAGCUCAACUUAUCAAGGGGGCUUUCCCUGACUCCACCACCCAAACCAUUUCAUGCAACAUACAUCUUCUCUGUCUUAUGUCAAAAGCCUUGCUAACUGCAAAGUGCUCAGACGUGUUGUCACACCAGCCACAUUAGAGAGACAGAGAGAGAAGAGCGAGUGAGAGAGAGAGAGAGAG